GCCGAAACCCAACUCACCAGACACCCGCUCCUGCGCACCCUCCGCCAGGACAAAAGCUAUACCGAGACCCGGCCGCACCUGUCCAUGAUCCCCACGCACCGCGCCGCGCACUUCGUCGCCGGCACCCUCUCCGGCGCCCACAAGGUCACCGUGCCGCCGUACGUCUUCACGCGGAGCAAGCCCACCCCCCAGCCAACACCGCAGACCCAAACCCAACCCCCACAGGCCCAACCACCGCUCGCGCAAACCAUCUCCCUCUUCCACCUGGGCACCACCCUCAACGGCCACCCGGGGUACGUGCACGGCGGCCUGCUGAGCGUGAUGUUCGACGAGACGUUCGCGCGCUGCGUGGCGGCCUCCUUCCCCAGCGGCGUCGGGAUGACGGCCAACCUGAGCGUGGACUUCCGGAAGCCCGCGCGGCCGGACCGCGUGUAUGUGCUGCGCGCGGAGACGGUGCGGGUCGAGGGCCGGAAGGCGUGGGUCGAGGGGUCGUUGACUGCGUUGCCGCCGCCACGCCGUGCAUCUGGGGAGCUGGUGGAGGAGGAAGAAAAAGAAGGGACGAUGGUGGCUGAGGCGCGGGCGUUGUUUGUUGAGCCGAAGUUUGCGGAGUCUAUGGUGCCGUUGUAUCGGAAUUGA